CAAAUGAGGUUUGAGGACAGAAUAAACAGAGUCAAAGUGCAGCUGAUCAUUUGUAUAAACACAAGCUCUUUCUAUGCAAUCAGUACUUUUCUGUCUGUGGUGGAUGGAAUAAACUGUGAGCUGCAGCUAGUAGAAGUUCACCACGAUGUGCGCAGCCUUGGUUCUGUGGAUCUUAUCAGCAGUGGUCUGUGUGGGGGGAGGCCAUCACCAUUUAGGGUAUGCCAAGGAAAACCAAGAAACUGCUGUGGACAGCUGGGACAACAGAAACUCUCUAGUGACUUCAGCAAGCACAGAGUUUGCUUACCGACUGUACAGGAAAUUGGCAGGUCUCACUGAAUCCCAGGGCAAAAACGUCUUCUUCUCACCUUUUAGUGUGUCUGUUGCCUUGGCUGCUUUGUCUGUAGGGGCAAGGGGGGAGACUCACAGACAGCUGUUCAGUGGUCUGGGUUUCAACAGCUCCCAACUGGCCCAAACAGAUGUAGACCAAGCCUUUCGUAUUCUCCUCGCAAGCAUGCAGUCUCACAAGGACAUAAGUGCAGGGACCGCUGUGUUUGUGGACAGCUUCUUCAAGCCCCAGCCUGAGUUCCUGGAUGUCCUAAAACAGUCUUAUUAUGCUGAAGGCUUCAAUCUUAACUUCACUAAAACCACAGAAAGCUCCAAUACCAUCAAUAAGUAUGUGUCAGGUAAAACCAAUGGAAAGAUAGACAAACUGGUGGAGAGUCUGGACCCAGACACGGUCAUGUAUCUCAUCAGUUACAUUUACUACAAAGGGAAGUGGGCGACUCCAUUUGAUCCUCGCCUGACUGGGCCGGAAGAUUUCAACAUAGAUGAAAAAAACAAGGUUGUAGUCCAGAUGAUGAAAAUAGAAGAAGGAAAUUUUGAAACUUAUCAUGACCAGAUACUUAACACAACAGUCCUCCACCUUCCCUUCAACAACUCCUACUCCAUGCUGCUGUUAUUGCCUAAUAAUAUGGAAACUCUGGAGAAGGCCAUAAGCCCAGCUCAUGUCACUAAAUGGCUAACAUGGAAGAAGCCCAGUGAGUACACCAUCUAUGUUCCGAAGUUUUCCAUCAAGACGUCCCACGAGCUGAAUGGGGUGUUGACUGAAAUGGGAAUCGCGGACAUGUUUGGUAAUCGUGCAAACUUCAGUGGCAUUUCAGAGAAACAAAACCUGGUGGUGUCGGCGGUUGUUCACAAAGCUUCUCUGGAUGUCGAUGAGGUUGGAGCCACUGCAGCCGCUGCCACCGGCAUUGGUUUUAUACCGCUUUCCUACCACUUUGUUCCAGAACUGAAGUUCAAUCGUCCUUUCAUGGUGAUUGUGACUGAGCGCAACACUAAACACACACUGUUCAUGGGCAAGAUUGUCAACCCAAACAUCUGAUGGAAGACAUGUUUCUGCUCUCACUGUUGUAACAAGAUACAUUAAAAACAAGUGGUUUAUCUUCUU